CUUGUUCUUGACUUCUCUCCUUUAGUCCCAUGCAGGGUUGUUUAUCCUUCAUCUGAUUUUUCCAGUCCUGUCAUCUCAUCGUUGUUCUGUUUGUCCUUUGUGUACACACUCCCCCAAGCAACUGUCCUAGCUCAUCACUGCACUGUCUUAGAUGGCGACGUAGGACAAAACGGACUCGUGGAUAGUCGCUGGCACAUCGCCUCAACUUGUUUCAUCUUGUUUUCCCUCAGGUGAAUCGACAAUGGUGACAAAACUCACCAAAGUACCCGGCAUCAAUCAUGCCGCGGGUAUCUAUGCAGAUAUUUCGGUAGACGGGCCUGUGAUCGGAACUCUCGUGGCCGUUGUCGACCGCGCGAAGAAUCUUCCUAACAGAAAGACCAUGGGGAAGCAGAAUCCUUACUGUGCUGCUCGUUUGGGAAAGGAGGCGAAGAAGACCGAUACGGACUUGCGUGGAGGACAAACGCCUCGAUGGGAUCAGGAGCUGCGUUUCACUGUGCACGAGUCUCCAGAUUAUUUCAGACUCAAAGUGUCUGUGUUCAAUGACGACAAGAAGACCGAUCUUAUUGGCGAAACCUGGGUUGAUUUAAACGAUGUUAUCAUCCCAGGCGGUGGCCAAGGCGAUCACUGGCAUCCGCUGCAGUUCAGAGGGCGGUAUGCCGGAGAGAUUCGAAUUGAAUUGACCUACUAUGAUACGCGACCGAAAGAAGAGUCGCUGAUGGAACGCAGAAAGGAGGCUAUUGAGAAGACUUCCGCAGCCAAGACGACCCUGAGUAGUGGGAGCACGUCUUCGUCAUCUGUUGUCGGCCCCAGGAAGCCAAAAGAGCUUAAGAGACGACCUCUUCCGGAUACUACCAAUGGCUCACCUGCUGGUGCGCGCCCUUCGACUGCAGACAAGGCCCAGCGUCCAUCUUCCCGACAUGGCCCUGUUCCACCUGUCGCGUCCGACCAUGUGCGGCAUCAUUCCAAAAAUGCAUCAAAGGAAGGUCUGUAUGAUAAGCCUGCGCCUACCCAAGUUGCUGCACCACGGCCAGCGAGGACCUACGAAACUCCGGAUGAUCACCAUCAGGAAUGGGGAUCUACGGAUGCCCAGGCUCAUUCGCAAUUGGUGGCUCGUCAUCAGCAAGAUUCUCAGCACUCAUAUCCGCAGCCGACAGUCCAGGCAGACGAUACACAUUUUCAGCAGAUGGUUCUGCAGCCAGAGUGUGAUCUGCAACCACCCUUGGAACGCCGACCCAAGAAAGAGAUGUUACCCCAUCGUGCGGAUCCUCUGCCCCAGGCAGUCGAUAGACAUUCAGGCCGUCCAUACAGUGUGCCUUCUCAUAUGAGCAAUCACUCCAUUUCAAAAGGACAGAUUGCCAAGUAUCCCCCUCAAUCGGUCAAACAUACAUAUCAACUUCCCUCAACCGAUCCAGCGCUGGUGUACCCUGUUUCGGGACCCCCAGAACCAGAUGCACAUUAUUAUCCGCAUGACAAUUCCAUGGUCAACAAUGUUAGAGCCCUUCACAAUUCUAUCAGCCGUGAGGACUACCAUGCCGAGUAUGCUUCCAUGCAACCGAGCGUCGAGGAUGGAGAGGAAGACGAACUUGAAGAUGACGAGGGACCCCCUCCUCCACCCCCAGUCCAUAGGUCUGGUAUGGUAUCGUCACGUGUGCAGCCAACCUACAAGGCGUACUCUGCAGAUUAUAUUCCUACCACACCCACCUCUGCUGAGAUGAAAAUGUCAAUUCCAGAGGCACCUGUAUCGGUAGGCCAAUGCGACGAUCUUCCUCCAUACACAGAACCACCUGCGAUGCCACCGAGUUUGAUCCCUGGGUAUGAUCCAUCCAUCGCGGAAGCGGAGUCUGAUCGCGCUAUGUAUGAAAACCAAAUGAGGCACAAACGAAGUGGUUUGAUAGCGGAACAGGCUUCUGCAUCUGAACGCUCAGUCGUGGUUCAGCCUUCGCGACCUUCUUCGUAUGAUUCAGCUGUAUACCCUCUGAGAACAUCUGCAAGAGCGGCUGAACGGCCGGUUAUAACCAGGGGCUCAGUCAACAGAGACUUCAGGACCGUUCCUCCUAGGAAAUCAAUCAGCCCACAGCCACCAACGGCUAGGGAACGUGAUAUGAGUAGCAUCCCGUUCUCGCCGGACUCAUACAAUGUGCUGAAUCCCAACCUUUCAAUAUCAGCCACUACGCAAGAUCCACCGCAAUACGACGCACCGAAGACAGUAUUGGACGCUUCAAUUCCCAAUGUCCCGUACAAAGAGCAAGGGCCCAUAAUCGGGGAUGAUGGUCGCGAAAUUGACCCUUCCGAUCACCUACCAUCCGACACAUGGGCUCCAGAACCAGAGAGAAAAAAUCGGAAGCCGGAGGUGAUUGUUCGCUUCAAACAUCCUCCUGCAAGAGCCAGCCCACAGCCACCAUCUCCAAUGGAGCGUGCUGCGCCUCAAACUGUUAUACCAGCCAACAAUACGGGUCGUGGUCGUCCUCGAUCGUAUGUCCGAUUCAGCAACGAUCCCGCAACCCAGAACUCUCCCCGUGGUCAUGAUGCCUAUAUUAGCCACUCGCCCAAUAGAGGAUAUAGCGCAGGCUCUGCAGCGGAAGUCAUGCCGAGAAUGUCCCAUCGCAACUCCGUGUCACCGGCUCGUUCUCCAUCCAGAAGUCCGUAUACAGCGUCUAGCUUUUACGCUCCAAGCAAUCCAGUACCGGCAAUUCCAUCAAAGGUGCCUAUUGCAGCGCCUAUUAACCACAACCAUCCUGUUUCAUCUGUCAAUAGGAGCAUGGAUGCGCUUAGUCGAGAGUUAAAAUCAAUCGAUAUUGGAUGCAGUGGUGGUCGAGUGGUACGGAAAUACGCUCCCAGAACCAUGGUUACUGGAUAUGCCAUGUAGUGGCACUCACUAUACAUCUCGGGUUAAGUUAAAAGAGUCUGUUUACGGAAGGAAUAAUGCUAAUGCGGGGUCAAAAUGGCGGCGUAGGCUUGAUCUUAUUUCCUGGCUUUUCAAAAUGGAUGCAGAAUGCUCUGAAAUGUGAAUUGAUGAGAUGGAUAGUUGGCAUUUAAGUCUUGAGGUUCGUCAUUCGAUGUCGAUGAUAUGGCAGCAUAUAUGGAAGUACGAUGGCACGUAGGGUAAGUUUGACUCCUACAGUAAGGCUCAAGCUAACUGUAGGCAGACGACCUAACGACAAUGAAUUGUGAAUGAUGUCUUGGAUUGAUAGCUAGAAUGUGCAGUGACAAGGUCUUUCUGGAGCAUGGCACUGAAUGAAUGAUUUGCCUCAUCAUCUCUUGCCUCUAUGCAUUUUGAUUGAUUAUGUGGUCCUGAAUGCAAUGCUAAUGCUGAAUCUUUGUAGGGGGUGAUAUAUCCUGUUGAAUGAAUUGAUCCUUUAUACCUGUCUUAUACUCUCUUCCUCCCCUUUCUAUAAUUGACAUCUAUCUCUUUGACAAAAUGUUGUUUUGCGGAGAUCUCCAAGCUAGCAAUGCUGAUGCCUUAACACCCUCAUUAUGAUAUUGUCUCCUUACAGAAAACACUGUCAACAAAAUGUAUAAAUUGAUUUACA